UUUUUUUUUUUUUUUUUGCAUGUGGCGGCGUCGUUUUCCUGUAACCAAAUCCCACACACGAAGCGCGUCGAGGGUAAAGUUUGGCACUCUUUUACGCGCCGUAUCCGCCACAUCUUGAGCGCAUCGCCCAGCAGCAGAGCUCGCCCGCUGAAAAAAGUUCGCACGUGAACAAAGGAUCUGCUCAGCAACACGUGUCAUAAAAUAAAAAAUAAAAAACAACAACAACAAAAAACUCCCAACACGCAUCAAGCUGCAUUUUUAGCGUCAGGAACACACCACGUCACUCUGUUCAAGAAACUCCCACUUUUUCCCCUUUCAGCUGGAUCAUCAUCCACCCUACAGUUUAGAGGCAAAACUAGGUAAAGAUUUGGGCGGAAAACGGCUUAAUCAUGAUGACCGGAUUUCGACUCAACUUGUCGCCCCUCAAAGAGCCUCUCGGCUUCGUUAAGCUGGUUGAAUGGCUCACGGCCAUAUUCGCUUUCGGAAGCUGUGGUGGAUUCUCGGGUACGAACGUCGUAUCUCUCUUCUGUGGUGGUGGCAUCAAUGAAACCCUUGAUGCCAACUUUCACUACCCGUUUAGGCUGAGCCAGGUCCCGCUCAUCGAUGGAAACAUCACUAUAUGUAAUCACUCUGUCACUACCACGCACCUGAUGGGAGACUCGGCGUCCGCCGCGGAGUUCUUCGUUGGCAUCGGAGUUGUAUGCUUCUUGUACAGCAUGGUAGCUCUGCUGGUUUACUUAGGCUACAUGCAUGUCUACAAAGACUCUGACUUUGGGCCUAUUUUUGACUUUAUCAUGACAGCAGUCCUGGCCUUCCUGUGGUUGGUCUGCUCAUCUGCCUGGGCAAAGGGUCUGCAGAACGUAAAGGACGCCACGGACACUGAUGGAAUUAGUGGCACGCUAGCUGUUUGUAAGGGAAGGAACAUCACGUGUGAAGUCACGGACUUCGCCAACAUGCGGACGCUAAACAUCUCUGUGGUGUUCGGCUAUCUCAACAUGUUCAUUUGGGCCGGCAAUGCCUGGUUUGUUUACAAGGAGACUCGCUGGCACUCCCAGAAAUUCUCCUCCCAACCUGGAUCUGGAAGACAGCAGGUCCCUGCGCCAAUCUAACACCAGAGCCCACUUGUUGUUAUGCAUAAGAAGGAAAGGAAAGUCCAAUAUAUAUUAAGAAUUGAGCUUUUAUACAUAUCUUGAAAAUGUUCUUGAUAGAGGUGAGAUUGUUGGAACCUGGUAUAGGUUGGGUUUUUGCUUGUGCUAACGUUGCACAAAGCCGUACUAGCAUUUUGCAACCUAAAUGACUUGACAUCGGUUUACUUCUUGCACGAUGACGGUCCUGAUAUAAUAAUAUCUCCAUAUAUUUCUUUGGACAGUCUUGCAACUUAGAAUAAAGUAUCUUUCUUGUAUUUAACUUGUAUCAAACACUUUUACCUUUUAAGUGGACUUUACACCACCAUGCAAGCUAAAUCUACAGUAGAGGAAUUAAAGCGACACCCAAAUGAUUUCCUUUGAGUAAAUGUAUUCAAAUCAAAGGUUGAAUUACAGUACAGACCAAAGGUUUGGACACAAACGUGUGUCCAAACAAAACACAAAUAAAACAGUUUUAUCUUAAGGCCUUUUUUUCCACAUUUUCUCUAGGGCUCCCAAUAAAUGUGAUGCCCUAUUGUUUAGUCAUGAAUAAAUGAUUAGAAAAAUAUAAAUUGCAUUUAGUCAUAAAAUCUGUGUGAAAUCUUUACAAUUCUGUUGUUUUUACUUGAAGCACGUUCGCAUUUAGCUCAAAACGUGUUUUCUUUUAUGUUCUUUGAAAUUCUUUGCCAUUUACCACCACCCAGUGGCAGGCGGUGGUAAGUGCAACUCAUGGUGAAACUUUUACCAAAUCCCUACAUUCAGCCACAUUUAUGGUUUGCUUUCAAGCUUCAAAAAUGACUGUGUCAAGUUGUUUGACACAGUCACUCAAAUAUCAGGAAUCUAGUUACUGCUAUGGUGCUUAAUAUGAUUGUGAGUUUUUUUUAAGUACAAGCCCCAAAACACCAGAGAGACUGAUAAAGAUGCUGCGUUGAGUUGGAACCAAGGUACCAAUUAAAGGACUAAGAAAUCCUUUAGAAUGUAGUAACAACAUCUUUUUCAUUAUAUUCCAAUUUUCAUCAUUCAUAUUUUGCUAAAUACAUGACAUUCUGCCAAAGUAUUAUUUGUUAAAGUUCAUUUUAUUGUUAUCUGUUGUCCAUUUGCUUAAUUCUUGAUGUAACACCAAACAUGUUUUUGUACUUUCCUUUGUCUUGAGUAAAUUAUGUUUUGGAUUCCCCUAUUUAUCCAAAGGAAUAGGUGAAAGGAUAUCUGCUUUCUUGGAUGCGGCCUGCAUAAUUUCAUUGUAUUUGUCAAUAAAAGUGAAUGGAUUAUUUUGGGGUUUUUUUAAAUUGAAUUUCCUUUGUAUCUGAUGGCGUGUUUGCGUUGAUACAUGCACUCUUUCCCCUUCCGUGUUGUUGCACAGAUUUUAAGAACAUUUUAAACUUUUGUGACGAUGCUCGGUUUUACGUCGACAUCUUUUUGACAUAAAUACCUGCUCUCAAAGUAAACAGUAAAACAAUCAAUUCAAUGAUGUGACACAAAAUGAAAUCUUUUGCAGCCUCUAACUGAAACCCCACCAUUGCCAGCUUCCCUGAUCCUGCAAAACAUCACAGCAUGAUGCUGCCACUACCAUGAUGUAUUAAUGGAGUGUUCGGUGGUGUUAAUUUCCCUCUAAUACUCGAAAGCUAAGUUAUGGUCUCACCUUCUUCAGCUUGUUUCUUCUACUUGACUUAUUGCGAGCUGCAAACAACUGUUACUAUGACUUUUUGUUCUCUUCACAGAAUAGGAGCCUUGGAGUCUUGGGUUUGAUACGCCUACAGCCAAAGUGGCUGUGCACAAUGGCUGCUUUCUCUAACAGAAACCUAGAUGAUGUGAAUAACUUUAUGAUUAGUUGUAGCUUCUAGUACAACUAACCACAUUAUUUAAUAAUGUGAAUCUUUUCCUUGAACGAUUCAUGACCGAUCUCUUGACUGUGAUAGUUUAAAAGUAUUUUUGACAUCCUAUUUUUGUGAUGAAAAGACCUUGAAGGGUUUCCAGGAGCUUUGUGUAUGAAAUGGCGUUUUCUCAUGAAAGCUUAGUGAGAGUUGAUGUGAGUUAUGACAACACAUCAUUUCCAGUAUCGUGUCCACCACUGAUCAGUGGACGAAGAUGCAUUGAUUAAUUAUGCAGCCAUGUCUUUCAUCUGCUUCCAUUAAACUUAUGCAUUAGUUUGCAUUCAUAUAAAAUCUUGAUGAAGUAAAUUAAAAUAAUGUUUGUGGUAUAACAAAAGACAAAAAACGGUAUUAGGGAUAGGAAUACUCUUGUAAGGAACUGUAUGACCACUACAGAUAUUUUUUUAUAUUUAUUUUAUUUAAUUUUUGUUUUUUAUUGUGGUCAUUGAUAGAAAUAGAUGGCUGUGUCUGAAGCCCUUCACCACAGCUAGAUGUUGCAGAAAAUGUCUUUUUAAGUGCAGAAGAUAACGUAGCUAUCUAUAGAUAUUACGUCUAAUGUGUGGAACUGGCCUUCAUAAACUAAUUAUUAUCAAUUUAUUUCAUUUCAUUUCAUAAAUUUCAUUUCAUUUCCUGACCCCCGAUUAAGACUGUAAUUUCCUCGUAAUCGUCAGCCUGUCUGUAUCAAAAUUGAUGCUGAUAGAAAACAAGGCUUGUACUAAUAUGUUAAACCUAAAGUAGUAAUUUAUUAUUUUUAUUUGCAACUAUUUUACUCGGACUAAAGCAGCCUUUGCACUUGAAGAACAGUUUUUAUUCAUUGCCACAAGAGGGCAGUGUAGGGUCAUCAGCUCCACUUGCUGAACCGUGCUGAAGUUAUAUUGCUCUAUUUUUUUUUUAAUCAACAGAUGUAAUGAUUUAGUUCCUACUGUUAGAUUUUUCUGUGUGAUGUAAUAAACUUAAAGAAUUACUUUCGUUAAACAGGGUUCAGUUUUAUUAGUUUUCCUCCGUCUUUGCUUCUCUAAUACAUAGGGGUGUUUAUUCAUGUAUAUAAAUAUAUAUUUUUAGCAUUUGUGUUAUUGCUUUCAUUGCUCUUUUCACCAGUCAGACU